UUUUUUUNUUUUAUUCCCUUUCUCGAGAAAACACAGCAGAGGUAAAAUGACGGAAAACGAAGGAAACGACAAGGAAAUGGAAGGAUCUAAUCCUAAGAAGAAGCUAAACCUUGUAACCUUCACCGGAGCCGCCGGUCUUCUAGGACUUGCCGUCAGUUUCGCCGUCUUCGCUUUCAAUUCCCACAAGCAAAAAUCGAAGAAGAAAGGUCUUCCUGGUUGUGAUACUGUUUGUGUUAACCUAUCCGCGAAGGAGAUUCUCGAGUUAGCUGACGAAAUUAAUCACAAGUCUACGCGAGUUCAUGAUUCUGUUGCUUUGGUUGCUUUAGAUAAGCUCUCUUAUGAGAAUGUUGUAUUGCCGUUGGCUGAAUUGGAAGCUAGACAACUCUCGCUUAUACAAUGCUGUGUGUUUCCUAAGAUGUUAUCGCCUCACGAUAAUGUUCGUAAAGCUAGUGCUGAAGCUGAGCAGAGAAUCGACGCUCAUAUUCUUUCUUGCAGAAAACGUGAAGAUGUUUACCGGAUUAUCAAAAUUUAUGCUGCAAAGGGAGAGUCAAUAGCACCGGAAGCUAAAUGCUACCUACAGUGUCUGGUUAGAGACUUUGAGGACAAUGGUCUGAACCUUACUGCAGUAAAAAGACAGGAAGUUGAGCGACUAACAAAUGAAAUUGAUGAGCUUAGCUUGCGCUACAUUCAGAAUUUAAAUGAAGAUAGUUCUUGUCUCUUUUUUACUGAGGAUGAGCUUGCUGGUUUGCCUCUAGAAUUUCUUCAGAGUUUGGAAAAAACUCAAAAUAAAGAAUUUAAGCUCACCUUGGAAAGUUGUCACGUUGCAGCUAUUCUAGAGUUGUGCAAGAUAGCCAAGACAAGGAAGACGGUGGCUAUGGCAUAUGGAAAGAGAUGUGGAGAUGCCAAUAUUCCAGUGUUACAAAGAUUGGUUCAGUCACGCCAUAGAUUAGCUCGCGUCCUUGGUUAUGCACACUUCGCAGAUUAUGCUCUUGAUCGCAGAAUGUCAAAGACAUCAAUGAGGGUGAUCAGGUUCCUGGAGGACAUCUCGUCCAGUUUAACUGACUUGGCUAUUAGAGAGUUUUCCAUUUUGAAAGACUUGAAGAGUAAAGAAGAAGGGGAGAUUCCGUUUGGCGUAGAAGAUCUAUUAUAUUACAUAAAGAGGUUUGGGAUAAAAAUUGAGGAGGUUACAGAAGUUGAUGUCUGGUAUCAUGAUGUUCGAGCUUUUGCCGUCUUUGACUCCGGAUCUGGAAAGCUUUUAGGAUAUUUCUAUCUUGACAUGUUUACAAGGGAAGGAAAAUGUAGUCACAGCUGUGUGGUGGCUCUUCAGAAUAACGCACUGUUCUCCAAUGGUGCAUGUCAGAUUCCUGUAGCGUUGCUUAUUACACAGUUUGCGAAGGAUGGUAGUGGUGAAGCUGUGCCAUUGGGAUUCUCUGAGGUGGUUAAUCUUUUUCAUGAGUUUGGCCAUGUGGUCCAACAUAUCUGCAAUCGUGCUUCAUUUGCUAGAUUCUCUGGCCUACGUGUUGACCCUGACUUUCGGGAGAUCCCUUCUCAGUUAUUGGAAAACUGGUGUUACGAGAGUUUCACGUUGAAGUUAAUAUCAGGUUAUCGUCAGGAUAUCACCAAGCCACUUGUGGAUGAAGUCUGCAAAACACUCAAACGUUGGCGAUAUUCUUUCUCUGCACUAAAGUCGCUUCAGGAGAUAUUAUACUGUCAAUUUGAUCAAAUAAUAUAUUCGGACGACAAUGCUGACUUACUGCAGCUAAUCAGAAGUCUUCAUCCAAAGGUAAUGAUAGGGCUACCAGCGGUGGAAGGAACCAACCCUGCUUCAUGUUUCCCACGUGCUGUAAUUGGCUCUGAAGCAACAUGCUACAGUCGUUUAUGGAGUGAGGUGUAUGCUGCUGAUAUAUUUGCUUCAAAAUUUGGGGACGGACAUCCGAAUCUGUAUGCCGGCUUGCAGUUCAGAGACAAAGUGUUGGCCGCAGGAGGAGGCAAAGAACCAAUGGAACUUCUGACCAGUUUUCUUGGAAGGGAACCAUCAACUCAAGCUUUCAUCGAUAGCCGGACAAACUAUAGUUUGUAGGAUCUUGCACCUAACAUUAGGAUCUUCCAAUGAAAUUGUUGGCUGGUGAAAAUAAACUUCUUUUUGUUGUUGUUAGAGACAUCGUUUUUGAUGUUUUGUUAAUGAGUCGAGACUUGAGAUAACCGAAUUAGUUGGAAAUUGGAAUCAUUCGUUCUUACC